UUCUGCACGGGCUUAAAACGCUGGCAGCGACUCGCGGGCGAUCAGUCAACUCGCGACAAUUGCCAGGGAAUGGAGCGCCUUCUCGCGUGGACAAUACUUCUCGGCGCUCUGCUACCAGACGGUUGUCUGGUGUUCGUCCGAGCCGAAGAUAAGACGGGACACAAUUUCGGGUACGACGGAGAAACUGGUCCCUCACAUUGGGCGAAGGAUUACCAGACGUGCGCCGGAAAGUUUCAGUCCCCGAUUGACAUAGAGGAACAUCUGGUGACGCAGGUUCGACUCCCACCUUUGACCUUUGAUGCCUUCGACAGCGAGCCAACCACCAGCACGCUAACCAACAAUGGACAUACCGUCAUGCUACAAAUGAACAUGUCCCAGCGAGCGUCUGUUUCUGGAGGACCUCUCAAGGGGAAUUAUUUGUUCACACAGUUGCAUUUCCACUGGGGAAGCAACGACUCUAUGGGGAGUGAGGACACGAUCAAUAACCACACGUUUCCCCUGGAGCUACACAUCGUCAUGUACAAAAAGGAUUACGGGACUUUCGACAAUGCCACGCGCUACAAAGAUGGCCUCGCUGUACUUGCCGUCUUCUACGAGAUCUACGAUACAGAGAACGAAGCGUACUCGGAGAUCGUUCAGAUGCUGCCGUUAGUGACAAUGCCAAGUUCGCAAUCCCACCUCAAGAAGCCGAUCAUACUGUCCUCGCUGCUACCCACGACAAAGCACCUCUACUUCACGUACAAUGGGUCACUCACCACGCCUCCGUGUCUGGAGGUCGUCACGUGGAUCGAGUUCAAACAGGCCAUCCUACUGUCUCAUCACCAGGUUGAAGCAUUCCGCAAACUGAAGUCAACAGAAGGUUCACUGACACACAACUUUCGUCCGGUCCAGCCCCUCAGUGGCCGACCCGUUUGGUUCAAUGUGGCCGAUGACACGAGGCAUCAAAAUGCAGCCGGUCCUCUUACGAUAAAUUACGGCCUUGUGACAUUCCUCGUGCUACUGCUAACAGCGCCACAACGAUGAAAAAGUUACUAGAACGAGAUGGUUUUGUAUGGAAGACCGAGAGAGUAUUUACAAAACAGUUAAUCUGAUGACAUCACUCGAGGGCAGUGAGAACCAAAACGCUCAUUUCAAAUGUCCAUAAAGUAACUAUUUAUUCUGAUCUCUCCGUCUAACUUUUUACUGGUUUCGUAGAAGUUCCCCUGGGAUACGUCACCAAUCAGGCAGUGUAACUUGCAUGUGGGAGGUACCCAGUUUAAAGCAAUGGCUAUCCUUAGGCAUUUCAUGGUUUUCCUCAGUCCCUCUAAGAUAAUGCUUGAAAUAAACCGUGACUACAUUCUUUCCAAUCCUUUUCAUUUCACUGUACAUAAUCAUUUUCCCGCCUCAUUUGACACUGAACUUUUUCGGUUUAAAGAAUAUAAUUAGAUAUCUAAACACAAACGUGUAUCUCGUAACACUGAAAGGAGCAAAUCAAAUAGGGUAAAAUUUCUUAACCUCUGCUAAUAAAAGUAUGAAAGUUCUUACAUUUCUCAAAAUUAAAAGAAUUUGUUUAGUAGUUGUAUGACGUGAAGGGGAACAACAGUAGACAGCUGACUGCCUGAAAGACUACUCUGGUUAGUCACCGCAAAGAAUAAAGAUUCUUAGGUAUGGCUUCAUAUACAUGUGGCAACAGUGUCUUGUAUGAUGUAUGUGUAAUUUAGCAUUACAAUUAAGGCAAUGAUAACAAUUAAAUCCCAUUUAAUAACCCUAUUACCAUACGGUCAUAUCGAAAAUAUCUCACGUCUUUAAAAAAAAAAGGAUGUAUCAGUGGAUGCACAGCAUCACAUCAGAUCUGUAAAUGUGCAAGAAAUAAAUGUAUUGCAUUUA